AAACCAUCAUGAGCCAGGAGAUAACUCGCCAAACUGCAAGCACAAGUGCACACUGGUGGGAGAGGAGCUGCUCAUCGAGAGAAGGUAGAACAGCUACAGCAGAUGAUAAAAAAAACUUCAGUUCUCCUUAAAGAAGGUAGGGGUAAGCAAUAUCUCUGGUUUUGAAGAAGUGAAUAUGUUCACAAACCAAGGAACAGUGAUCCACUUUAACAACCCUGAAGUUCAGGCAUCGCUGGCGGUGAACACUUUCACCAUCGCAGGCCAUGCGGAGACAAAGCAGCCGACAGAUACGCUACCCAGUAUGUUAAACCAGCUUGGUGCAGACAGUCUGACUAGUUUAAGAAGAUUGGCUGAAGCUCUGCCCAAACAGUCUGUGGAUGGAAAAGCACCGCUUGCUACCGGAGAGGAGGAUGAUGAUGAAGUUUCAGAUCUUGUGGAGCAUUUUGAUGAAGCUUCCAAGAAUGAAGCAAACUGAAUUGAGUCAACUUCUGAAGAAGAUAAAACUUGAGGAAGUGAUUGGGAGCUGCUAUUUUAUAUUAUGACUGCUUUUUAAAAUUUUGUUCAUGGAUCUGAUAAAAUCUAGAUCUCUAAUAUUUUUAAGCCCAAGCCUCUUGGACACUGCAGCUCUUCUCAGUUUUUGCUUAUACACAAUUCAUUCUUUGCAGCUAAUUAAGCCGACGAAGC